ACCCAAAUGAUUUGGACAAGUUGGUAUAGAGAAAAAAAGGCCUAGACUUUGAGUUUUUUUCGCAACUUGCAAAUUUGCAAAAGCUUCCAAACACAUUUUAUCAUAUAAUUUUGGGUCUAAAAUAUCAGACGCCUCUUUUGACUCCUUUCCUCAGUUUCUCUCUCUUUCUCUUUCUCUCUCUAAAUGGGAAACUCCGUCACCGUUAGCUAACGGUGUGAGUGUUUAAAACGGCGGUCUUAGCUGGUGCCGUGCGGGUCUGUCUGUCUUCCUCAACCCCAAUUUACUCCGUCUAUUUAAACUGACUCCGUUACACAAUCUCACUCUUUCUCUUUCUCUCUCUCUCUCUCCCCAAAAAUGUGGAUCGAUUGCGAAAUUCUCAGUUCCUGUGGAUUCGAAGCCUCGCUUUACAGGUUAAUGUGGUUCUAGAAGGUUAAGGUUGUUUGGUUACUGUACUGUGAAUUAUUGGUUAGUCUUUGUGAGGAAGGCUGAUUUGUGGGUUUGAUUUAUGAAGAUAUUUAGGAGGUGUUUCUGUUGAUCUGUGGAUUGAAUGAUGAGCCAAUGGUGUUUGCAGGUGUCAGUUCGAUAUGUUAAGAUGGUUGUGAGGUGAUUUGAUUGUGGGUGGGUUUGGAGAUUAGGCCUCCAAGCGAAAAGUUUGUGGAAAUAAAGGAUGGGGGAAGCUCUCAUCACAACCUUAACGAUGGACAAUCAUCAACUCUCAACACUUCUGUCAAUGGAUACGGGUUCUUUGUCGCAUGAUGAAUUGGAGAGAGAGAUGAAUCGGUCUGUUCUCUUUUCACAAGCUCCUGAUAUCAAUCUUCCGCUGUCGUCUGAGCCUAGCCCACCUCCCCCAGCUUGGAAUGAUCCGUGUGAUGUACUGGAUGUAUGCCUGGGGCCUCAGGUUUAUGAGGUUGAGACAACAAUUAAUGUCCCGAAAGUGGCACGGAAAUGCACCAAGCGUCUUGACAGCAUUUGGGGUGCCUGGUUUUUCUUUAGUUUUUACUUCAAGCCUGUUUUGAAUGAGAAAUCAAAGAGUAAGAUUAUUCGGGAUAAUAAUGGCGUGUCUGGGUACGAUAAAUCAGACCUACAGCUAGAUGCAUUUUUGGUUCAGCAUGACAUGGAGAACAUGUACAUGUGGGUUUUCAAGGAAAGGCCUGAAAAUGCGCUGGGUAAGAUGCAGCUAAGGAGUUACAUGAAUGGUCAUUCUCGCCAAGGGGAGCGUCCAUUUCCAUUUAGUGUGGACAGGGGUUUUGUUAGAUCACACCGUAUGCAGAGGAAGCACUAUAGGGGUCUCUCUAAUCCUCAGUGUGUUCAUGGGAUUGAAAUUGUUCGGUCCCCCAACCUCAAGGGUCUUGAUGAAGAAGAGAGGAAGAGAUGGAUGGAGCUUACAGGACGAGAUAUAAACUUCUCUAUCCCACUUGAAGCAAGUGAUUUUGGUUCAUGGAGAAACCUACAGAACACAGAAUUUGAGCUUGAGCGACCCCCUCCCAUAAAGAACAAUAUAAAUGCCCAACAAAGAAAAUUGCUUAAUGGUACCAAUUUGAAUUUGUCCACUCAGUCACCAGACCAUGGCAAUAGUGAUGUCAUCGAUCUUUCACCAGUAUGCAACAAACGGAAGAAGGAUUUGUUUUCCCAUGGGAAUGAUGAUGAUUGUUAUUUACCUAAUAAUGCACACUUUGACAGAGUUUUGGAAAUGAAAUUCCACCCAGUCGAGCCAACUUGGUUAAAUGAGUUUAGUGGGGUAAUGAAGAAUGUAUAUGGGCCUGUUACUGCUGCAAAAACUAUAUACGAGGAUGACGAAGGGUUCUUGAUCAUUGUUAGCAUGCCUUUUGCAGAUCUCCAGAGAGUAAAAGUUACCUGGAAGAACACUCACUCACAUGGGAUCGUAAAGAUAUCCUGUGCAAGUAAGGCCCGCAUGCCAUUUAUUAAGAGACAUGAUAGGACAUUUAAGCUAACUGAUCCAACACCAGAGCACUGCCCUCCAGGGGAAUUCAUCAGGGAAAUUCCCCUUCCAACCCGCAUUCCAGAAGAUGCUAAUCUGGAAGCUUACCGUGAUGAGACAGGAACGAUGCUUGAGAUUAUUGUGCCCAAACAUCGUGCAGGGCCAGAAGAACAUGAGGUCCGUGUAUGCCUUCGCCCUGCUCCAUGGAGUGGACGAGCAUACGUCGACCUGAAAGAGGCAUUAGUGUGAGGGAUGCCAGGAUGGUUACAGUGUUUGGUGCUUCAUUGUUUUCUAACCAUAUUCCAUAAAGGAAUUCUAUUAAAUUAGAUCUGCAUUUUUUUCAUGUCUCUUCUUCUCUCAUUUAGUCUUGUCUAUAAUUUUUAUCAGAUAUUUUUUUUAGUUGGUCUUUUAUACAGGUGACUGUAUGUUCAAUGUUUGACCAUCUUAGGCUUUACUGACAUGUCUCCUUAUUUACUUGACAUGCGUUAGAUGCCCCUAUGCUUGUUCUAAGCAUUUGGUUUUGUUGGUCACUUGACAUGUUUUGAAUUUGAAAUCUUGCUUUAUAA